UUCUUCUCUCACCAAAGCACUUCGUCUUCUAGCUUCUCUCUAAUUUCUUUCUGAUUUCUUCUCUUGAGUUCUCUUCGUAUACAAAAUCAUGAAGGUUACAGCAGAGAAGAGAUAUGGUCUUCUGCUAGCAGCAAGAGACUCUGAUUAUGUGAAGAAAGUGUAUGGAGGAUACUUCAAUGUGUUCGUUGCGGCUUUUGGUGAAGAAGGAGAGAGAUGGGAUUUGUUUAGAGUUGUUGAAGGAGAGUUUCCGGACAUGAAUGAACUUCAUAAAUAUGAUGGAUUUGUAGUCAGUGGUAGCCCUUAUGAUGCCUAUGGAAAUGAUUUUUGGAUACUUAAGCUUUGUUUCCUCUUGCAAACUCUUGAUGCUAUGGAAAUUAAAGUUCUUGGGAUUUGCUUUGGCCAUCAGGUUCUGUGCAGAGCACUAGGAGGAAAGGUAGGGAAAGCAUACACAGGGUGGGAUAUAGGGGUGAGGAAAGUGAAAAUAGUGAAGGAUUUGUCACCAAGCAGUUACUUUAGCAAAAUAAGUGAAAUCCCAGCUUCACUAUCAAUAAUUGAAUGCCAUCAAGAUGAAGUGUGGGAAGUUCCAGUAGGAGCUGAAGUAAUUGCUUUCUCAGAUAAAACAGGAGUGGAAAUGUUCACCAUUGGAGACCAUGUAUUGGGAAUUCAAGGCCAUCCUGAGUACACCAAAGACAUUCUCUAUAACCUCAUUGAUCGCCUUCUCAACAACAACUGCAUACAGGUUGAGUUUGCUGAAAAUGCAAAGUUUGGAUUGGAAAAAGCUGAACCAGACAGGAAGUGCUGGGAAAGGAUUUGCAGGAAUUUUCUCAAGAGUAGAUAGGGUGGAUAUAUAUAGGCGCCAUCUCCAAAUCCUGAAUUCCCCCAUUUUUCUUUUCUUUAUAGGAAAACCCAAAGUAAGGUGUUUUUAUAUAAUUCAAUUAAUCCGGAUUUGUACUAAACUAUUCAAAAAAAAAAAAAAAAAAAAAAAAGAAACAUGUACUAUCACAUUUUACCUCUCGGAAAUAGAUGAUUAGCUCCUUAACAAUGUAUCUAAGGUUUUCCUUUUUAAUAUACUUAAUGUAAUUAAUUUUUUUAUGUGUA